AUGGAUUGCAAAGAUCCACCGUUGUUUGAUGUGGACAACAACUUCACUCACAAUAUUUUACAAACCUUAUUCCUAACAUACUCCUCUUUCCAUCGCUACAUUUCCGUCCUGUUAUGUUUAUUUGGAUUGUUGGCCAAUUCAAUUCAUAUAUGGGUCCUAACACGACCACGAAUGCGAUUCAGCUCUGUGCAUACGGUAUUAGUAUGUAUUGCCGUUUCCGAUAUGGGUACUAUGACUUCAUAUUUGAUUUACAUGACACGAUUUGAAUUCAUGCAGGAGAGCACUGGAUAUCCAUAUGGUUGGGCGAUGUUCCUCAAAAUCCAUGUUGUUUUAUCAAUCGCUCUUCAUGCUAUCACUCUCUAUCUGGUCGUGUUGAUGGCCUAUAUCCGAUACCGUGCCAUGCGAGUCGUAUCUUCUGAAUGGCUCAAAUCCAAGCGUACUCUAAUUAGCUUAACUGAGACCCGUCUAACAUAUUCCAGUAUCGGCUUCUCUGAAAUGGUUCUUGAAAACGGAUGCUUUCUGAUGAAAGGGAAUCUCUGGUUAACUGGUAUAUUUCUGAAGGCAAUCCCGUGUGUACUCCUGUUCUGGUUUACAAUCGCACUUAUUGGACGAAUGAAAGAAAAUAAAGAGAAGCGGAAGAAACUUUUAAAAAGCCGUGAUGAUAAAGGAAAACGUGAUGUCACCACUUAUAUGCUCGUAUUCAUGGUUACGGUGUUUCUGAUAACAGAGCUACCGCAAGGCGUUAUGGCUGUGCUUAAUGCUAUUUACACAUCGCAGUUCCACUCCUAUGUCUAUCUGUCGCUUGCUGAUGUCCUCGAUCUGUUGUCGUUAAUAAAUUGCUACGUAGCAUUCCUUGUAUACAUCUGUACAUGCUCACGUUAUCGUCAGACGCUGCUUUCAAUCCUGCCAAAUAUAUUUUUCAGUGCCAUUCUUUCGCGUCAUAGUUCACUGAAACGAGAAAAGUUAUCGUAUGCCACACUGGGUGUAGCAGGAUGUUCACCGUUGAAUGUCGUAGUGUCCCGCAGCGAUGAAGAUCAACUACUGUAA